AUGGAUUCACAAGAAUCAUCAAAAUUAAUAAUUAUAUUGACAUUCAAAACAAUCCAGAAUACUCUGGGUAGCUUUCAGAGUAAAGUUAACUGGGUAGUUUUCAGUGAUGAAAAUUCGAAAUACUUCCAUGCAGUUAUGAGGAAAAGAAGACUAGAAAAUAGAAUCACAUCUUUUAUUAAUGGUGAUAAAAUUGAAGAUGAUUAUGAGAAAGUUGUAAAGCAUUUUCUCUCCCAUUUUGAGCACUUUAGGGGGAGGAGUAGUUCGGCUACCAUGGAUCUAGACUUAGAUUGUUUGAACCAGGGAAAUAGACUAUCUGUGGAGCAACAAGUUCGUUUGUUAAGGCCGUUUAGUAAGAGUGAUGUGAAGAAGGCUCUAUUCAGCAUUCAUUCUUCUAAAAGUCCUGGGUUGGAUGGUUUUGGUUCAGGCUUUUUCAAGGGGUUAUGGGGAAAUAUUGGAGCUGAAAUUUCCCAAGCUGUCUUGGACUUUUUCCAGGAUGGUUUCCUGCCUAAAUCAUUGAAUGAAACGGUGAUUUCCCUCAUUCCUAAGGUAGCAGACCCGAAAUCAGCUAGUGAUUACAGGCCUAUCGCUUGUUGUAAUACACUCUAUAAGUGUAUUUCGAAACUGCUUUGUACUAGGCUCUCAGAAGUGCUUCAUUUCCUAGUUCAUAGCAACCAAGGGGCCUUUAUUAAGAACAGAAAUCUUGCUCAUAACAUCAUGAUCUUCCAGGAUCUCCUAAAAGGGUAUACUGGGAAGAAUAUAUCAGCAAGAUGUAUAAUGAAGAUCGAUCUUAGCAAAGCUUACAAUACAGUCGAUUGGCACUUUGUGGAGGAGUUGCUUAAGAAUUUUUGUUUCCCAUCUAGAUUUAUUAACUGGAUUCUGGUCUGUUUAAAAGGAAUGAGCUACAGUCUCCUCAUGAAUGGUAGAAUUCAGGGUUCCUUCAAAGGGGAAAAAGGUCUUCGUCAAGGUGACCCUAUAUCUCCCCUUUUAUUUGUCCUGAUAAUGGAGUACCUCACCAGACUCUUGGCUCACAAUGCCGAUGAUUUGAUUAUUUUUUGCAAAGGCAAUAUCAAUUCGGUGAGAGGCAUUCAAGAUGCUUUCAAGAGGUUCUGUGAUUCUACAGGUCUUUCUGCGAAUAAAACUAAAUCUCAUAUCUUUUUUGGAGGAGUUAAAGAAGGAAUUAAAAUCAAGAUUCUUGAACUGAUGCAAAUGGAUGAAGGUCGGGCUCAACUUAUUCACUCGGUUAUGCUUGGUAUUAGGAACUUUUGGAUGAGUAUUUUCAUUUUUCCUUAUAAAGUCACAGCUGCUAUUGAUAAAUGCUGUCGAGAUUUCCUCUGGGGUUCUAGAGGGAAUAGGACUAAGCUUCAUCUCCCUUCUUGGGAGAAGGUGUGUCUACCGAAAAAGUUGGGUGGUAUUGGCUUUCGUGAAGGCAAGAAAUGGAAUAUGGCUUUGAUGGCCAAGUAUAUAUGGGCCUCCUCUAGCAAGCAAGACUGCCUUUGGGUUAGAUGGAUCAACUCCAUUUACCUUAAAGAUCAUAACAUAUGGAGUAUUCCAAUUAAGCAAGAUAUGAGUUGGCAUUUUAAGAAGCUGCUCAAACUAAGGCAAAUUACUGAUGAGGAGUCUUUGAGACAAGCUGAAAAGGGAGGUAAAUUUCGAGUUAAGAAAUUUUAUACUUCUCUGAUUUAUGCUCAAAGAGUUGUAUAUGCAGAGACUGUUUGGAACAAACUUCUAGUGCCCAAGCAUAGGUUUAUCUAUUGGCAAAUUUUUAACUCUCAAUUGCUUACCAGAGAUCACUUGAGCCGCUUCUUACCUAUCCAAUCCUCUUUUUGCCCUGUUUGUGACCUGGUUUUAGAAACUCACAGUCACCUUUUUAUGGACUGUAUCUUCUCUAGGAGGCUUUUUGGGGAAGUUAGCAGCUGGCUUGGUGUUUUUAUGUGGCCGAAGUCUUUCGUGGAGCUUCAGGAUUGGUGUCAUUUAGCUGUUAGAGGUUUGAAGUACCAGAUUAUGAAUGUUGUUCUUUCAGCAACUCUGUACUUUAUUUGGAAAAACAGGAACAAGUGCAUUUUUGAAUCAGCUUGUAGUUCAGCUAGCAUUAUUAGCCUUGAAAUUAGGAAAGUUGUUAAAUGUAGAAUCUUGGGUUUGGGUCUUCUUAGCUUUAGCAAAAAGGACAGAUAUUUGAUCAAUGUUGUAGAGGGUUGGUAA